AUGCAGGCCAGCACCUACCCUUACAUUGCCAACGCCGACCAGUCUCCUACCACGUCGUACUUCAGCGACAACGACCAGACAUUUAACAACGUCGGCUACGCUCCAUCAAAGCUCUCUCACACUCCCGCGGCCCAUCUGGCCAUGCAAAAUAUGGCCAUCGACCAGCACAACUCAACCUACAACGAGGAUAUUCCGGACUUUGCACACUCAUCACGGCAUUCGGUGUCAAGCAAGGGCCAGGACUCGCCGUCGACGCCUCAGCCGAGGUCGAGUUCUGACCAUGACAAUGACGAGAGACCGCCUCUGUUCAAGAUGCCAACCAAUGGUGAGGAAGUACCAGACUUGGAACUGUUUGAGCGAUACUUAUAUAUGAGCUCGCUUCCAGACUACAAAGCCAAUGCUCCUCGCGUCGAGCUCAACCGCACAGAGUCUGCUGCCUUUGCCGACGAGCUCUUCAACCCAAACAACUCUGACUCCCUCCAACCACCGACAGUGCAUACCAACAACAACACCAAUAUGCUUUCGCCUCAUCGCAACUUGAUCGACGAAAGGCUACGUACUGCCAACAGCAUUCGAUCACAGUCACCGGUUGGCGAUAUGUCUCGUGAGCGAUCCCCUUUCAGACAAAACUCACCCUUUGCAGCACCCGCUGCUCAGAACUUUAAAUCACCUGGUCCUUUCCUGGCCACCGCUGCAGAUUCAAGACGUCAGCAGAGGGAAGAGGCAAGCGCUAGAGAAUGGAUGUCGCACCAGCCCAAGCUACGACGGGAGGCUACCAAGACCAUGUCUCCGAAGGAUGCCCUCCUCGACUUUACUGAUAGCGAGGGCUCCGACAUGCCUUUGUUCGCCGACACGCUGCCUUCGGGCUACAACUUUGCCACUAGCAUGGCUGCCCCUCCAACCAAUGUUGCCGGCUUCCGUGCUUCAUCCUCUGAUCAAUCUUCUGUUGGAUCUACCACGUUCAAUUUCUUGCCGCCCCAGCAACCAGUAAUGCCUAGCAAUCCCUAUGCUCCAGCACACUAUCGCACCACUGACCUCAACGCUGAGCCCACGCCAGACUUCCCUGCUCACCUGGCUACUAUGGAGUCAUCCAUGAGCGAGGGUCCCGGUGCUUCUUCUCAGGGCAGCAUGACUGCUGCAUCCAUCUCGCGGCCACAGCACACUACUGCCGAUACUGGCAGUUACACAUGUACUGCCGAUGGCUGCUACCAACGUUUCGACUCUGCCGUCAAGCUGCUGAAGCACGGGCGUGAUGCUCAUCCUGCUCGUCAGUCUUUGUCGUCGACAGGUACCGCCACAUCAUCUCCCGAGGAAGACCGUGGCUCGAGUUCUCCUGCUGCCGUUCCUGGCAAUUUCGGUAGCUCUAUGACUGCUGCUGCACUAGCCGAGCGCAACUCGCAGCAAGGCCCCCACAAAUGCACACGUACCAAUCCAUCAACUGGCAAGCCGUGUAACAGCAUUUUCAGCAGACCUUACGAUCUUACUCGCCACGAGGACACCAUCCACAACCGCCAAAAGCAAAAGGUUCGCUGUCAGUACUGUCGCGAGGAGAAGACCUUCUCUCGCGCAGAUGCCCUUACGCGUCAUAUGAGGGUCGUUCACCCCGAAGUUGAUUUCCACGGUAAGCGUGGAAAGAAGGGCGAUCAUUUCUAG